UCAGCCUCAAUCCAGUCAAAAUGUUGGAUCAUUUUUGGGAUAUCACCGAAACGAAUGCGUUUAAGAUAAUCCUCUGCCUGUUCAUUUCCGCUUUGAUGUUUUACGGUGUGAAACCAAUCAAGUGUCUGGAUUCCAUGUUCGGACGGAGUGCAGAGAGCGGAACAGUUGCGGUCAGCCUCCCAAGCGGGGCAAGCGGAUCGAGUCAAGCCAGAGGAUCGAUUGCGGCAAGAGGAUUGAGCCCGUCUGCCGGUCCAGGUGGGUCGCUCAACUCUUUUGACUAUGGAGCCAUUCGCGGUCCCCACAGCUGGAUUGUGCCUACCAACAAUCAGAGCCCCAUCAACAUCGAGCAACGACGCAUGGCGAACAUUCACUUCGAGACGCCCCUGGAGUGGACAAACCUGGAAAUUAUGCCCGCUGGCAUCCGUCUGGAGAACAACGGCCACACCCUGGUGCUGCGCGCCUCCUAUCCGCGAUGUGUGCCCUCGAUUGGCGGCUGGGAUCUGCUGGGGCGCUUUGAGCUUCGAGAGAUCUCCUUCCGCUGGAGCUGGUCGAGCAACAUGGGCUCGGAGCACACCGUCGGCAACCGCCACUAUCCGCUGGAGAUGCAGUGCCUCCACACGCUGCCGCAGGCCUCGGGCAUUAUUUCUAGCCAGAAUGUUCUGAUGAUCUCCUACAUGUUCGAGGUGGGCCAGGACAAUCCCUACAUGGAUGUGCUCACCCAGCAUUUAGUGGCCAUCAAAAGGGCGGGCCGCUCUGUGGAGGUUUCCCCCUUCCCCAUCAGCUACCUCGUGACACCCUUCUACACCGAGUUCUUCAGCUACCAAGGGUCGCUCACGCAGCCACCCUGCCACCGUGGAGUCGAGUGGCUCAUCAAUCCCCGUCCCCUGGCCAUCAGUGAACGUCAGCUGAACGCGUUCCGCCAACUGCGAAGCUACCAAGGCGCACACAUCGGCUGCAACGCUCGACCCGUGCAGCCACUCGAGGAUCGAACGGUCUUCUACAAUCUUUAUCGUGUGCAGCAAUAGAGCAGGGAAGCACAGAGGGAAA